AUGCCGGGGCGCCUGGCGCUACUUGCGCUUUGCUGGCCUUGCUUAGUCAUGGGCAUCGCUCCGAAUUUCCCCGUGGCAGACGUGGAGACGCACAGCGUCGUUCUAAAGAGCGCGAAGAUGUCACUGCAGAAGGGUCGGGUCCGAGCCCGGCCUGCACAGGGUUGGGACUUGGGACUUGGGGCCCGGGCCCGGCAUGGCGUGGCAGCUGUAGUGGUGAGUUCAGCUCUCUUUGAGAAACUUGAAGUUGGAAGUGGGCAUUGCGGCCUUGCUUCUGAGAACAUUGACCCGACUCAAGCAAAUGAAAGGGAGGUGUUGUUCUUUCGGCGCUUAGCGCUUGAUUGGCAUGGGGUUCACAAGGCUGCAAGAGAUGCAGUGGCAUGGGGGAGCUUCACAGACGUCAUCGACAAGACCGGCUGGGCUGUGCUAGACAUUCACACGGCCCCUUCGGCCAACGGCGACACUCAGAGCUACGCCGCAGGAUUUCUCGAAGGAGCUUUGACACACAAGAGGAUCACACAACACUUGCAGAAUAUGUGGGGCGUGGAUUUCAAAGGAUAUGCUGCAGGCACGGUGCCGGAGAAGAUUCGGGACUUCGUGAGUGCAAACAUGGACUGGAUGGUCAGCAAGGCAGAUGGGCUUCGUGGCAGAUGGGCCUGUGAUUCGAGUGAUUCGGAAGGGACGUCGGAGGACUUUCCCCAACCGCCUCCGGUGGAGUUGGGGAUGGUCCUCCUACAGCGCUAUUGGCAGACCAUCGGUUACCUGUUGGCGCAGCUUCAUGGCUUGGCGGAUGGAUAUGAGGCGGCGCGCGAUGCCGAUGGCAGCUUGGCCGAACCGGAUGCCUUUGGAAUGAGUGAGGACAUGCUGAUGCUUGUCAUGGUGGAUACUGACAUGGAUGACGUCGUUACAGCCGUGGUGGCCGAGGGUCACUUCAUCAACCAGCAUUUUUUGCAUCGGCGUCACCAGCGGCGUCAUCGGAUGUUUGACCCCUUUCCCGAGUACUUCGAUGUGUCUGGACGGCGACACCAUGGGCAUUGCAGCGCCUUGGUCCAGGUGGCACCGGACCUAACGGAUCUUUGGGUGGCCCAUGCCACCUGGGACGAAUAUCGAGGAAUGCUCCGCAUCAUCAAAUAUUUCGACAUGCCCUUGCCCGGCGUGAAGGUGCAGCGGUUAGCCUUCACAGCGGAUCCAGGAGGUCUUUACAGCGCUGACGACUUCUACGUACUGGAUUCCAAAUUGGUGGUCAUGGAGACCACCAUCGAUAACUACAACCGAUCCUUGUGGUCCCAGAUCAAGCCGGAGAGCGUGAUGACCUGGGCGCGGGCGAUGGUGGCCAACCGCCAAGCCACCAGUGGAGACGAGUGGACGGAACACCAGGUGCGGCAUAGCAGUGGAACAUGCAACAACCAGUGGAUGGUCGUUGACUACAAGCGAUUUGAACCAGGAAAGCCCCUGAAAGAUGGAGUGCUGUGGAUUUCCGAGACGAUGCCCGGACACUCGCAGCGGGGCGACGUGACCCAUGUGUUGCAGAAGCGGAUGUCGUGGCCAAGCUACAACAUCCCCUACUUCGAAGAUAUUUGGAAAGUUGGUGGUUACGAAGCGAUGCAGAAGAAGACCCACCACCCAGACGAUUUCAGCUUUGACAAGUGCCCCCGUGCACUGAUGUUCGAACGCGCCCGACAGGAAGGCGCAGGCUCCUCGCUAUCUUCCCUUAUGGCUCUCAUCCGAUACAAUCGUAUCGAUGAUCCAUUGGCGAGGGGUGAUGCUUGCAACGGAAUCAGUGCAAGAUGUGACCUCAAUCCUCACAAACAUGUGAGCUACGACUGCUUCGGCGCCAUCGAUGCGAAGAUCGCCCGGUGGCGGAACUUCUCCGAGGAUUUGUCCUUCUUGGCCGUGCUCCGGUUGGGAGAAGGAACGUCGGUCUCCUCGCCGACCUGGGGUGGCAAUGAACGCCCAUUCUCUUGGAGCGAGGUGAAUCCGGAGGCGCCUCGUGCGCAGACCGCGCAGAAUGUCCGUGGCGGGUGA